UGUGCGCGGCGGGGGGUUGUGGGAGGCGGCGCAGGCGCAGAGCGGUGCGGUGGAUGGCGAAGCGCGGGUGAGACGCUCGGUGCGAGGCAGACACGCGGAGCGGCAGGUCGCGGGCAGGUUGCUGUGUGUACUGGGAUAGAGGCUCUUUCUGCAGUAACCCUAUCGUAACAGAUUCUUGAAUACUGUCGUCACCUAUAUGGAGUAUUUCCUGCAAGGAUAACCUUUGCUUCAGAUUACUAGUCGCCUUGUGUGGUUCGAAGGGAGGUGAUCACUUUGCCAUUUCCACGUUUGAGAGAUGUCGAAGCCAGCAGGUUCAAAGUCCAGGUCGCAAUCAUCCCACUCAAGGUCCCGCUCUCGGUCCCGAUCCAGAUCUUUUACUAGAUCUCGCACACGUUCUCGUUCACGGUCUCACUCAAGAAAACGGAAGUACAGCCCCAGGUCUCGUUCCAGGUCCUAUUCUCCAACUCAUAACCGGGAGAGGAAUUACCCGCGAGAGUACCAGCCUCGGGAGUUCAGAGGCCACCGUGGCUACAGGCGGCCCUUCAUCCAGCGUCGUGGGCGAGGCUACUACCCCCGGGGCAACUGGAACAACCGUGGGGGCUACGGCAACUACGGCAAUUACAACCAUUACGGCAACUACCGGCCCAACUGGCACAACUACCGCUCGACCUACAGUCCCCGGAGGGGCCGAUCCCGCUCUCGCUCUCCCAAGCGGAGGUCGGCGUCGCCAAGGUCCAGGAGCCGCUCCAGGUAUACUGACAAGUCAUCGUCCAGCAGGUCGGGCAGGUCAUCAUCAUCCAGGUCCCGCUCCUCUCCUCACCGCAGUCGCUCGGCCUCGCCAAAGCGGCGGAGCAAGAAAAAUAAAUCUGCCCAGAAGGAGGCGGCUGCCUCUCAGCCGCCCAGCCAGGAGCCCGAAGACCAGCAGAAGAGGUCACCCGAGGACGGGCAGGCUGGCAAUGGUGGCACAGAGACUCCCACUGGUCUGCCCCCCAAACGUGGCGACUCCUGGAAAGGUCUGACUGCCUACGACGCCAGCCCCAAGCAUCCCAGCCCUGCCCCGCGCUCCACGGUGGUGCUGAAGACCAGUUCUCCCGUGCAUUCCAGCCCCAGCCAGCAGAGCCCUCCACAGUCGAGCGUUGUCCGCCACACUUCGCCUCAUGGGAGCCCCUCACAGAUGAGUCCUCAGGGCCGUAGCCCCAGCAGGCUGAAUACCUCUCACCAGAGCCCUCCGUCUAUCAGCUCUACAAUUCGUAGCCUGCCUCGUCAAAUCUCGGCCAACCACAGCCCGCCGCAGAGGAGUCCACCGCUGACCGGUCUCCCACUGGGCAUUGCACAGAAAGAAGAAAUGCGGCCAGGAAUAUCUGGCCUAUUUCCGGAGCAGCCGGCCCCAACCAUCCCUUCAUAUCUAAAGAGGUAUGUUCCAAAAAGUGUGGUGAAAACGGAAUUCCAUGUGAAAAAUAUUCCAGAGAAGGGCAACCGUAGCAGCCAAUCCCCAAAACGAUUCAAGGGUGGAGUUGCAGAGGAUUUUGAAAAAGUGUCGAAAGCAGAGAUGCGUCACAAAUUUAGUUAUGAUGAAGAGGAAGUGGAGGAUCAUACUAAAGAAUACCCGUCCAAGAACCAAAAGGAAUAUGGAUAUGAGGAUGAGCCCAGGUACCGGAGCAAAUUAAUCGCAAGUAAAACUCAGGAGAGAUAUGACGAGGAAGAUGAGGAGGAGGAGGAAGAAGAUGAGAGUGAUAGGUCACGCAAACGGGAAGAAGUGAAUUUCUUUAAGCAGAUUGCCAUCUCCAAGGAAAAGUUUAGGGAGGUGGAGAAUGUGGAGGAUGAGGAAAUGAUACCUGAGAGAUUUAAAAAAGAGGACCGCUUUCAAACCAAGAAAGUAGAUGGGAACAGAUACCGGGAGGUAUCGCCCAUGAAAACAUCAAAGUAUAAGUCAGGCCGAGCAGAAAGUCCUCUUCCUGCAAGGAAGAGCACUGAGGCCAAAGAGCAGGAAGAUGUCACUGCUCUGGAGGAGAGCUCCUCAGUGCUCAAACCAGCUCAUCGUCCGACAGAGGUGACACUGAAAAUGGAUUCCUUGCAGUUUGGCGAUGAUGUUCUCGGCUCUGCCAACGUCCUGACCCAUGAACGACGACUCUGUCGUGACCUUGUUCACAAACCCAAAAAAGAUCAAGAGUUCCGUUCCAUCUUCCAACAUAUUCAGAUGGCCCAGACUCGCCGUAGCCCUUCAGAACUGUUUGCUCAGCACAUUGUGACAUUGGUUCACCACGUGAAAGAGCAUUACUUCAAAUCAGCAGCAGUUACAUUAAAUGAACGCUUUACAAUGUACCAAAGGAGAACAGCUGAGCAGGAGGUUCCCAGGCAGAAGAGCCCAGAAAUUCAUAGGCGGAUUGAUAUAUCACCCAGUGCUCUAAAGAAACGCAUGCAUCUCCGUGAUGACAUAAAGAAUCCGAAGGAAAGCAGUUAUAAGGGAGAAGGAAAAUUAAGGGAUGAAAUGGAUGACCUUCGCCAAGAUAUUGAGCAACGUAGAAAAUAUAAAAGCAAGGAAGGAGAGCAUAAAAAGGAUAGUUCCAAAGACUCAAGGGAUUCAAGUCAUUCACGUGAGCGCUCAAAGGAAAAAUCUGGAAAAGUUGCUAAAGCUUACAAGGAAUCGAAAAAGCCAAGGAAGCGCAAGAAAGCCAGAGCAAGGUCCAGCUCUUCAAGCUCCUCAUCUUCUUCCUCUUCCCCGGGGCACGAGGCAAAAGAAGAAAGAGAAGAGGGGGCAGGCCGGGAAGAACCCACUCCUGGCUUUAACAAAGCUCGCCUUGGGACAAGAGAGUUCACCGGCCCACCGACUCGAGGCCGAGCACGUGGAGUUUUUCAGUUCAGAAUAAGAGGAAGAGGAUAUGGCAGGGGAGCGUUUCCUGGUCCCAGCAAUAGCAGUAACCCAGGUAACACAACCUUCCAAAAGCGACCCCGUGAAGAGGACUGGGAUCCCGAGUACACGCCAAAAAGCAAAAAGUACUAUCUGCAUGAUGACCGUGAGGGAGAAGGAGACAACUACUGGGCAAACAAAAGGGGUCGCGGAGCUUUCCAGCGAGGCAGAGGUCGUUUCCUGUACAAAAAGUCCAACACCAGCCCCAAGUGGACACAUGACAAGUAUCAAGGCAGUGGACAGGAAGGCGUGGAGGAGGAAGAGGAAGAGGAGGAGGAGGAUGGGCAAAUUGCUGGCAUCGCCACCCAGGAAGAGAAAAAUAUGGGCGCGUUGGAACAGUAGAGGUGAAAGGACUGGGCCUAUCUCAUGGCAACAGUACAUUGAUUUGAGUAUAGAAGCUGAUCACUAGGAUCAGAGGAGAUUUCUUCAUCCAGAUCUCUAUAGGGUUUACAGUGUAGUAGGUUAUUUGUUUUGGUGGGGGUAAGGGUAUAGGACCCUUUUGAGAUUGAAAGGACCAAAAACAUCUUGUCUUUAAUGCAACUUACUAUAUAAAGUGCGGUGCGGGCGUCGUACCUGUGUCGUAAUACCACACGAGUCGACAUCGAUAACGCCACAGGUUGCCCUGGGGCUGUGAUUCCCCACCCCCGUGUAUUUAGAGACAUUAAAACAAUAUAUAAGAGUGCAUGUUGAUGCGACUUGUGCAGAUCGACUUUGCAAGCCUUCCUGAGCUACUGGGUUCAGUUUGUGAUAGGAAACUGCUUCAAAAAAAUGUGAACUGACAAGGGAAGGAGAAAAUGAGUACUCCCUUCACAAGUCGCACUCUGCAAUCUAGAAGAAAUUUCUUCCCAAAUUGUUGUUUUUCUGAGCCCCCGAUAUUGCCGCAUGCUUAUUUUAUCAUUAUGGGUUUUAAAACACUUUCACUUUUGAAGCCAGCUUUAUAGUGGUACAUGUUUCAAGGAUUCUCCUUCAUUUCCUUUCACUAGUUCCUUUUGCAAUCUGCACAUCUCCAUAUUUGGUUACGACGCUUGGCUUAUGCUUUAUUACCAAUGUGAUUGACGGCGAGAGUGGUUUCUAUAUUUUUUUGAUUUUGUUUUUUUAAAUAAGCAACUAGCAGUUCUUCAUGGGCCUAAUUCGCUGUUUGUUUGUAGUGUUGAUCAAAAGGUGUGAACCAGCUGUGAAUAUUUCUGAUAGUUCAGGUAUGAAAUGGCCCGAGUCAACAAACUUAAUGCCCAGAAGGAUCACUUUAAACCCGUGUGCUCGGCCCCAAUCUUCCCCCCCCCCCCCCCCCCCCCCCCCCCCCCCCCCCCCCCCCCCCUCCCAGCUUGCUAACAGCAAUAGUCUAAAUUGAAACAUUACAUUUUAGAUUGUGAGUUUGAGACGGCUCAAUGAGUGUAUUCAUUGAGCUGGUUCCUGGCCAUUGCUGUGGCCUCUAUUUCUUGUUUUAUCACUGUGCUCAGUGGAAGGGAUCCAGCCAGUAUUUCUGUUCUUGAUCACAUUACACUGCCUAAGAGGCUAUGUAUUUAAAUGCUGCUUAAGAACUGCGUUGAUCAUGAGCAAAGAACUGGAGAAGGGGUAAGGGCGAGAGAGGUGGGAGAAAAAUCACUUGAAAAAGGAAGAAAGGUUUUAACUUGGCUCAGAGCAUUAUUUGUGCCAGCUUCUUAUAUUUGGCAAGGCCUUUUUUUCUUCUUUUUUUUUCUCCCUCUAUCCCUCCCUCCCUUCCUCUGGCCACAGUUAGCAAAUAUAAUUGGAAUGGUUUGAGAGAGGCUGGACAAGGAUUAGGAACUGAGAUUCAAAUUAAUGGGGAGAUUCAACUGUUCUCAAAUAAUUCUUUAAAUUUAACAGAUCUGCAAAAAAAUAUUUACCUGAAGCAAAAGAUGUCAAUUAAUUUAGUUUGCUCGUUUCUGGCAAAUAUUCGAGGUGGUGCUGAUUGGAAUUGUGGAGUAUUGGAUCAUUGGGAGUGCUUGCAAGAGGACUCUUGCUGUGCAGAUCUGCCGUUUGAAAUACAGUUCGAUUGUCCAUGUAGGCAAGUAGUCUACAUUCUGUGAUACCUCCUCCAUAAAUGGUCCCAUUAAAACUUGAGCCUACGGGCAACAACCCCCCUCCCCCAGAUUAUGGCAUGGCUUCAGACUUGUGUUACCUGGUCACUAUCCACCAUUCUUCUGUCCCAAUUUCCUGCCGCCGCCCCCAAAAAUUUUGAAUUUCCCAACUGGGAAAUUGGGCGCAAUACACAUAUUAAUAAAGAAUGGAUUUAAGUUCCUUUUGAUUUUUUUAUUUGUUAUUGGGAGAUUCUUUCGUCAUCUGACUUUAAAUGUUGAGUCACUUGUUGCUUUAGACCUUGAAAUUAAUGUUAUUGAACAGACAUUGGUUAAACAUUUAAGUACAUUUUAUAUUGACAAUCAGCUGUCUCACCUCCACUCUGUGCCUAACCCCCAUUCUCUAUUGCAUCUUGCUUAAUCCCUUUAUUUUGUAUCUUUUUAUGUAUGUAUCAAAAAAUUAUUAAAAAAGUGACAUGCUCUCGGCUGCAGGAAGUAUGUUGGAUUUUUUUUUAUACAUAGAAGUAAAUAGUUGUGAGGGGAGGGGAACAUGAAAUGGGAGGAGUAUGACGGCUGCACUAUUUUUUGUAAUAUUUGUUGACUACCUUAUCACUAAGAUUCGUUAAAAGUCACUCUUGUCCAGAAUUUAACUUGAUUUGUAUCUCUCCAGUUAUUUGUGUUCAGUUUUGUUACUGUGGUCUCAUCCCUAGUCUAAAAUGGCAUUCUGUCAUUAAAUUUAGUUCCCUUGACUCUCCCUCAAACUGUGAUUUUGCUGAGGUUCAAAGCAUUGUGUUAAAUUUUAAUUAAACUUCUGUGCCAGCGUCA